AUGUCACCGUCGCAAUGUGGUAAAGAACUUGACAACAGAUUUCCGGGUUGUAUGAAGGGUCGCAUUAUGUAUGUAAUUCCAUUUUCACUAGGUGCUAUCAAUGGUCGAUAUUCGAAGAUUGGUAUUGAGUUAACUGAUUCGGAAUAUGCAGUGCUCUGCAUGAGAAUUAUAACACGUGUAUCAAUGCGAGUAUUCGAAGCGCUUGGUGAUCGAGAUUUCAUAAGAUGUGUUCACUCUGUUGGAGUGCCUCUGAGUGGAAGUGAUGAGAACAGUGAAAAUCCGAGUAUUAGAAAAGAUAUGGUAUGUUGGCCGUGUAAUCCAACAAAAGCAUUUCUUGUGCAUCGACCGUGUGAACGCGAAAUUUGGUCUUUCGGAUCUGGUUUCGGCACGAACAGUCUGUUGGGACGUAAGAGCAUGGGACUGAGAAUUGCGUCGAGUAUUGCAAGGGACGAGGGUUGGCUCGCUGAACAUAUGGCCGUCUUUUGUGAGUUGCAUUUAUUUUUAUCCAAACUAGGAAUUGAAGGAGACGAUAUUGCAUGGUUGAGAAUUGGUGAGGGUGGUCGUUUGUACGCGGUCAAUCCUGAAUUUGGAUUCUUCGGUAUCGCACCUGGACUCUCGAAGAGAACGAACUCAGCGGUGAUGACGAUGCUGAGAAAAAAUUCAAUCUUCACGAAUGUUGCUGAAACUUCAAAUGGAGAAUUCUUUUGGCAGGGAUUAGAGGAUGAGAUUAAGGAUAAGAAUGUCGAAAUAGAGGAUUGGACUGGAUCAAAAUGGCAUAUCGGUGAUAAGAGUCGACCAGCACAUUAUAAUGCUAGAUAUAUUGCGCCAGCGAGUCAGUGCCCUCUGAUGCAUCAUAAAUGGGAAUCGUCAAAAGGAGUACCUAUCGAUGCCAUUCUCUUUGGUUCCAGAAGACCACGAGGAGUGCCAUUGGUAUAUGAGACGUUCUCAUGGCAACACGGAGUCUUCACGGGUGCUUGCUUGAAAUCAGAGGUUUAUUCGGAUGGCGGU